AUGUCUACACACAGCAGGCUCUGCAGCACUAUUGAUGACAAUGAGCCUAAUCGAUUGCCACUCAUCUGUGACAGCGAUCAUCCUUUAAGUAAGGAGAUCGAACUUUUGGUGAAGAAUUACGACAAUACCCUGUAUAGACGCAACUCAGAGGAAGCUAUUCAAAGAGUACUUGCGAUGAACGAGGGUUUACGAAGAGCUGGUCGAAUUCUUCACUGCAACAGGAACAAAGAAGAGAACCUACUUUAUGAUUCCGACUGCGACCUUGACUUGGACAUUGGGUCGAACGACGAAUCUAAAAGGAAUAGAACAGAUGGGAUGGAGGAAGAGAAGCGGGCCAUGUCGGACGACAAUGGCAACCCAAAAGCUCCCGACUACUGGUCAGGGCAUGAUCCCCAAGUUUUAUCACUACGCUUUCCAGACCCAGCCUCGGACUUCGCUAUCAAAGAGGCCAAAGCCUUCAAACCCGUGAUGAACAAGUUUGGUACAAGAUGGCCUUUUGCGCUCGUUUACCUCGAGCAUCUAAAAACAUACAUGGACACUGCCGAACAUAUGCACAGCGUUCGUAAUUACGAUUGA